AUGGUCAACUACCUAUCAUAUGAUAGGUUAACACCAUCGUACAAGACUUUUCUCAUGAACAUGAAGACAAUUGUUAUCCCCAAGAUAGUAGAAGAAGCCCUGUCACACAAAGAAUGGAGUCAUGCCAUGGAUGAAGAGAUUGAUGCACUAGAGAAGAACUGUACAUUGGACUUCGUACCUUUGCCUUCAGGAAAAAAGGUGGUUGGCAACAAGUGGGUAUAUACUCCUAAGUUUAAAGCUGAUGGAACAUCGGAAAGAUACAAGACAAGGUUGGUGGCUAAAGGCUAUUCACAAUCUUAUGGAAUUGAUUAUUUUGAGACAUUUGCUCCUGUUGCAAAGCUGAAUACCAUCCGGAUACUUAUAGCAUUGGCAGUAAAUCUAGGAUAG